AUGACCGGGAACAUGAGUAUCGCACGAUACGCUCACACAGCAUCCACAUUAGCAAAUGGAUCCGUAUUAGUUGCUGGUGGAUUCAAUGGUAGUAGUUAUCUUAAUAGUGCUGAAUUGUAUAAUACAUCAACAGGCACUUGGAUAAUCACAGGAAGCAUGAGUGUCGCACGAUAUUAUCACACAGCAUCUGUAUUAGCAAAUGGAUCAGUAUUAGUUACUGGUGGAAACGGCAGUAGUGGUUGUCUCAAUAGUGCUGAAUUGUACCAUCCAUCAACAGGCACUUGGACAACUACAGGAAACAUGAGUGUCGCACGAGAAUAUCACACAGCAUCCACAUUAGCAAAUGGAUAUGUAUUAGUUGCUGGUGGAUACAACGGUGCUUAUCUCAAUAGUGCUGAAUUAUACCAUCCAUCAACAGGCACUUGGACAAUUACAGGAAGCAUGAGUACCGCACGAGAAUAUCACACAGCAUCCACAUUAUCAAAUGGAUCAGUAUUAGUUGCUGGUGGAUACAACGGUGCUUAUCUCAAUAGUACUGAAUUGUACAAUCCAUUAACAGGCAUUUGGACAACUACAGGAAACAUGAGUAUCGCACGAAGAUCUUACACAGCAUCCACAUUAGCAAAUGGAUCAGUAUUAGUUGCUGGUGGAUACAGCAAUAGUAGUUAUCUUAAUAGUGCUGAAUUGUACCAUCCAUUAACAGGCACUUGGACAACUAUCGGAAGCAUGAGUACCGCACGAGAAUAUCACACAGCAUUUACAUUAGCAAAUGGAUUAGUAUUAGUUGCUGGUGGACAGGGCAACGGUACUAAUAGUCUGAAUAGUGCUGAAUUGUACAAUCCAUCGACAGGCACUUGGACAACUACAGGAAACAUGAAUGUCGCACGGCGAUUUCACACAGCAUCCACAUUAGCAAAUGGAUCAGUAUUAGUUACUGGUGGAUACGGCAGUAAUGGUUAUCUCAAUAGUGCUGAACUUUACUAA